AACUGAACAAAAACUAAACAUAACCUCAAAUAUCUAAUUAUGCACGUAAAGUACAUAAUAACAAAUAUGUUUUAAGAAAAUUCUACAAAAAAGUGCCAAUAAUCUUAAUCGCUUGGUUCUACUCGUGAAAAGCUAUUAUUGUCAAGACUUCAAUUCCUACUGAAGUUGCAUAAUACAAAUAUAAUAAUGAAACUAAUUACCCACAAUAUGCUCACUUCGAAAUGCUUGAAAGGUGUUGUGACUGGCUAUCCUCUUGCAAUUAACGCGACAGACAUUAAAGUUAAAGAAGUCGAUUUUAAUCCUGAAUUUAUUAGUCGUGUAAUACCAAAGCUGGAUUGGGAAGUAUUAUGGGUGGCCGCUGAUAGCAUCGGCCACAGUGAUGGUCUGCCAAGAUCUUUAGAAAAUAAGUAUGAUGAAAACGAAGAGUUUUUGAAGAAAGCUCAUAAAGUCUUGUUAGAGGUGGAAGUUGAAGAGGGACACUUGACUUGUCCAGAAUCUGGAAGACAAUUUCCGAUUUCUAAAGGAAUUCCUAAUAUGCUAUUAAAUGAAGCUGAAGUGCAGUAGUUCACAAUUUAGAGCCUGUACUAAAAAUAUUAGUAACAAAUUUUUUAUUUAAGCAUUAAUUUUAUUGCAGUAACAUUACAUAGGAUUGUUUUAUUUUUUAUGUAAAGAAGUGCUAUGGUGCAUGUAAAUUUGUUUCAUAUUAAAUAUUUUAAGAAAUGUACCAUUACUUUAUAAUUUCUACAAUAUAAUUUACUGUGAAAGAUUUUUAUGUAAUCCUUGUAUACUAAAUUUUAAGUUGCUUAAUAGGUAAAAUCAGUAUGAGGCUGCUUCAGGAUUCUUGAUAAAUAUUUGGGGAAAACUUUCUUACGCAUAUGUUGUAUACUAAAAGUAUCCUUUCAAUAAAGAAAAUAUUGUUUUUCAAUUUA